CAGGCUCUGUACGCGUGAAAGAGACUCGUGUGUCUUUAAGAGAGCCGCAUUACAGGUGAGAUGACGCUGUCUGCGAGACUCCGUGGUGGGGACGAUGCGCUUGGUGGGUUAACCGCGCUCAUUUCUGCCCGUCUCUGAAGCUCAAGAAAAGGUGGUGUCUAUUAUUCACUGCCGAAGACGGCUCCGCGAUUCUUCUCUUCAGACCCAACGCUAAUGCUGUAUCCAUGUGCAAUGCUUUUGACAGCUUUACCCCAACUAAAUUUAAAGGUUGAUGACCCUAUUGAUAUGCUUCCCAAGUCAAGAAAAGCCCUUAGCAUCCAGGAAAUUGCAGCUCUGGCCAGAUCAUCAUUUAAUGGCAUCUCACAGGUAGUGAAAGAUCACAUGACCAAACCCACAACCAUGGCUCAGGGUCGGGUGGCUCAUCUGAUUGAGUGGAAGGGCUGGUCUAAGCCCUCAGACCCUCCAUCUGCUACACUGCAGUCCCACUUUAACUCCUACUCCCAUCUCAGCGAGGGUGAGCAGGAGGCCCGGUUUGCAGCAGGUGUGGCUGAGCAGUUUGCCAUUGCAGAGGCGAAGCUCCGUGCCUGGACCUCUCUAGAUGAGGAGGACAUGGAUGAAGAGUCUUAUGAAGAGGAUCCUCCUCUAAAUGACGAGUCAAUCAUGAGAACUCUGAGCUCAGAUGCUGUAUUAUCCAAUCAAAGCUGCCCAGUGCCAAGUCAGGCUGAGACGGACACACUCAGUCAAACAGAAGCCGACGACCCGCUCCUGUCAGAAGAAGUGCCAGCACAUGCUCAAGAACUCCAGCUUUCAGAAGGUGACAGGUCCACUUGUGCGGUUCACAAACCAGACCGCAGUCCUUUGUGGAGCAAGGGAGACUCGUGCUACUACUCCACCUCCUACUCCGAGUCUGGCCUUUCACCUGAGGAUGAGGAGGAAGAGGAGGAUGGGAGAGAGGUGGAGGAAGGGGAGGACAACGUCUUUCAGGAUGUCAUCCGCUGGUACAAACGCUGCCGAAGCAUCUCUGAUACCUCCGGAGCUGUGUCUUUCGAUGAGGAGGGGGAGGAGGAAGAGGAAGACGGUUCCAAGCAGUGACGCUGUGUUCUCACUCGCCCUUUGGUCUCUGUCCCUUUGUAGUAACCCUUCUGUGAAGUGUUUGUCCAGUCUGCUAUGCAUUCAGAGACACUGACUUAUUUUUCUUCUUCAUAUUUUAAAGGGAUCAUUUAGAAAUGAAAAAAUUGUCACCAAUUUUCACUUGCUCUUGUCCGAUCAAAAUCAGACUUUCCUUCUUCUGUGGAACACAAAUAACGUUAGGCAGAAUAAGGGUUAUUACUGAAGCUAAAGUUAAAACCAUAUUUUACCAAAGUUUUCUUUUUUUCUUUUUUUAACUUGAGAUAAAUGUUAACUGAAAUAAUUUCUCAUUUA